CCGACUCCGGCCAACGGAACUUACACUUGAUCCACUAACUACUAAAGAGUUAGUUUCAGAUUACAGGAAGUGGAGGGGAUCUCGACAAUCAGUUCGUGCCGACGUUGAGAGUAAGGAUGCAGACGCCUUGCCUUCUCUUCAUAUGCUGCUGCAUUGGCUUCGCUACAGCCGCCGUGUGGCUCGAGUACCAAAAACCUCAGCCAGGAAAUACUCCUUUCUGUGUUGACAAAGUUGAAGGAAAGAAAAAAGUGGGAGAAGAAUGGCAGGACACUUCGCAAUGUGUACUGAAACGUUGCCUUACUGAUUCCCAAGGAACUCCUCUCAUACAUCACAGCAGUUGCGGUGCUGUUUCUGCAGAACCACCAUGCAAGGUCGUGACACCAAAUGGAACAAAACCGUAUCCUGACUGUUGCCCUAUGCCAGUCUGUUAGCCCAAUUUUGAGGAUGAACUAUGGCGAUGAGAAAACAGAAUUUAUAUUGCUACCCUGGAUGACCUUCAGGAAAAAAA